GAAGUUGAAGACGAUGUAGUCGACGUUGAUGUGCUGCUGCUUGAAGAUGUGCUUGUGGUGCUAGUCGAUGUUGAGGUACUGGAAGACGAAGUGCUGGACGAAGUCGAAGUUGAGGUGCUGGUGCUGCUCGUGGAAGAUGUCGAUGUUGAAGAACUGCUUGUUGACGUGGUGCUGCUGCUUGUUGUGGUGGAUGUGGUGCUGGUUGUGGUACUGCUGCUGCUUGUGCUUGAUGUGCUGCUUGUCGUGCUGGACGUGGAAGUGCUGCUGCUGGAGCUGCUCGUUGAUGUCGACGUGGACGAGGUAGAUGAUGAAGAAGUUGAUGAACUGGAGCUGGUCGUUGAUGAUGUCGACGUGGACGUGGAUGACGACGACGAUGUCGAUGUGGAGGUGCUACUUGUUGAAGUUGUGCUCGUGGAAGAGGUGCUUGAGGAAGUUGAGGUUGAUGUACUGCUGCUGCUCGUGGAAGUUGACGUGGAGGAUGUGGAUGAAGUGGAUGUAGAUGUAGACGAAGUUGUGGUUGACGACGUCGACGUCGAAGUUGUGGACGACGUCGAAGUUGAUGUGCUGCUGGUUGAAGAUGUGCUUGUGGUUGUAGAUGAGGUGGUUGUAGAUGAGGUUGUAGUACUGGAAGAAGAAGUGCUUGACGAAGUGGAGGUUGAUGUACUGGUGCUGCUGGUGGAAGACGUCGAUGUUGAAGAGCUACUUGUCGACGUCGUGCUGCUGCUUGUUGUGGUGGAUGUGGUACUGGAAGACGAAGUGGAAGAGGAGGAUGUGGUGCUAGUAGAUGUACUGGAAGAGGUCGUGCUGGUGGUUGUGCUGGAUGUACUGCUUGUUGUGCUGCUUGAUGUGGAGGUGCUGCUGCUGCUGGAGCUGCUCGUUGAAGUUGAAGUGGUGGACGUGGAUGAAGUAGAGGAUGAGGAAGACGAAGUCGUCGUCGAGGUGGUGGAUGUCGAUGACGUCGACGUGGAUGUUGAUGACGACCUGCUGCUGCUUGUUGUGCUGGUCGACGUGCUGGAUGACGUGGUGCUGGUGGUCGAGCUUGAUGUGCUGCUUGUCGUGCUGCUGGUUGUGGAAGUGCUGCUGCUGCUGGAGCUGCUCGUUGAAGUCGAAGUGGAGGACGUAGAUGAAGUAGAGCUCGACGUGGACGAUGUCGUCGUUGAGGAAGUUGAAGACGAUGAGGUAGACGUUGAUGUGGAGGUGCUACUUGUCGUGCUAGAAGAUGUGGAGGAACUGGACGAAGAGGUGCUAGAAGAAGUCGAGGUUGACGUGCUACUGCUGCUCGUGGAUGAAGACGAUGUCGAUGUGGAGCUGCUACUCGUCGUGCUGGAGCUGCUCGUUGAAGUUGAAGUGGAAGAGGUAGAUGAUGUAGAAGUUGACAUUGACGUCGAUGUUGACGUCGAAGUUAUCGACGAUGUCGAUGUGGAGGUGCUACUCGUCGUGCUAGAAGAUGUCGAGGAACUGGACGAAGAGGUGCUGGACGCAGUCGAGGUUGAUGUGCUAGUGGACGAUAAGCUGCUGCUGCUCGUCGUGCUGCUGCGUGUCGUUGUGGAAGAUGUGCUGAAAGACGAAGUGGUGCUCGUAGAUGUCCUGGUUGUGGUAAUGGUGCUGGUUGUGCUUGAUGUGCUGAUUGUUGUGCUGGACGUGUAA